UUCCCUGAUUUUAGGUAACAGUGGAUAUUGCAAGUGAAAUUUCAAGGCCUGCAUUUAGCUCAAGACCUAAGGGUAGAUCUUUACAUACAUCUAUGGAGUUACUAACACCAGAACCRUAUUUGCGAAAGGUGGAUCUACCUGUCACUUUGGCUGAUGGUUAUCAGAGAGGCAGUUUAGAAGAUUGCUGUCCAGCAGAAAGCAAAGGUGAUGACAGAGAUAAAGCUGAAGUAAGAAAAGCUCAGCAAACCACAGUGGAGAGUACGACCAUCUCUCCUCAGGAGUGUCUACAGAAUCCCAACGAGUUGUCAGGAUGUAGCUCUAAUUCAGAUUCUGAAGAUGAAAGCACUGAAACACAGACAUUGAAAUCCUGUUAUCCUUCCACAGGAAAACCAGCAGACUCUUCCAACUUGAAAUGUUCUGAAGACACAGAUAGAAAUUCUCUGAUUCAAGCAGCUAUAAAGAAAAUGAAGAAACUUGACACAAUACUUGAAAAACAACGUUCUCAGGAGAAAGUAAUUAAAAAGCAAGGCAAAGAAAUGAGGGCAAAGCUCUGGGAAGAACUUCAGUCUAUCAGAACCACAGGAAGCCAUGAGGAAGUGGAAAACACAAACCAGUUUUUAGCUUUGUUCUCAUCGUGGCAUGGUACAGAUGAUCACUCCCAUGCUAAAGAAGAUGAAAUAUGUCCUUCAGUAUUUCCUGCACAUAUGAAUCCUGAAKAUAAAGAUUGCUAUAAAGCCCAAGAAAACCAGGAUUAUCCAAGUGAAUUAGAAACAGAAAAAGCAGCAAAAAAAAUGCAUAGCAAAAAUAAAACCUACCAGCAUUUCAUUAAAAAGAACAUUGAGCUAGCAAAGGAUUCAGGAAAACAAUUUGUUAUGCUUGAGGAAGAAAGGAAAAGGCUAACUGAACUGUUGAAAGAUACAGAAGAUGUAAUUGAAUUGCAAGAUCUUGAGGAGAAUGGAUCUGGCUGGGUAGCACCAGGAGAAGGGUACACACCUGAACCAAUGGAAUUUCAUCUCUUAAAUGAGAUAGACAGUAAGCUUAAAGUACUACUAUCGGAUGGGGUUCUUUCUACAGUUUCCAGAUCUAGCUCAAAAUCUCCAAGCCAGAUGUAUCAGGAGUCUCUGGUUUAUGCAAACAGAAKCCUUGAGGCAGUUCCAGGUGAAAAGGUUCUGCGAGACAGUAAGGAAAAACGUAAUCAACAGAGUCGUCUGAAAGAAAUAGAUCAUCAGCUGGCAUCCCUAAAGAGAAAUUUUGCUGCAAAACAAACGAGCCUCUCUGAAGAGCAGCUUAAGACCCUUCUGGAAGAAUGUAUGCAGCCUCAGAGAACAAUAAGUAACGUUACCAUGCCAAAGUCUCAGGAAUCUCUUUCUUUUGGAUUAAGUCCCCCUUGUUACACAAGUCAAGACUCCACUCUUCACUCCACAUCUAGUCUUUCCAAAAUGUUAGUUGAAGACCAUAUUGUAGGGGUGUUAAUGGCUCAGGAAAAGGCUGGGCUCAAAGACAAAAGCUUAUGUGUUAAUGCAGAGAGAAAAUUCCCUGGCUGCUCUAUCAGCAAAGCAUUGGCUGGUAGUCACUUAUCAAAGGAUUCACUGGCCCAAACAGAGGAACCUGAUGACCUAGAAGGUUUACAGAAGAUGCGAGAUAAGAGUAUUACUAAAGGUUACUUUAUGUCAAGAGCACUCAAGACAAAAAGAUUGAAGAAACCUUCUUUCUUGGGGGAACCAUUAUAUUGCAUCAGCAUGAACAAUGAGCCAUCCACAGAGGCUGACAUUCUCAGCAUACCACUGCAAACCAAAGGAGGUGAGACUCUUAACAACCCUUCAGAAUAGGCUUUUGAUUAUAAUGAAAAACCUAAGCAGGUUCUCACCAAAGGUAUGCACCAAUACAUGCUGAUUAUUAUGGUGGGGCAAAGAUUUUUCUUUAUAAAACAUAAAACUGUGCCAAAAAUAAUACACAAAAUAUAACAGAAUGUUUAUUAAAAUUCUUKCCCCGACAUAAUUGACUAGAAGUUAUAUGAAAUAUAUCACUGAUGUUGAUUGGUUCUGUCAACUGGAAAACAGUGUUGAAAACAUAUAUGGAUUAUCUUUUUGGAAGUAGAAAGUCGUGUUCACUGUUCUGUGGAGAGUAAAUAUUCUCCCAGUAGUCGGUACAAAAAUUGACACAAAAAUCCAAAUGUUUCAUGAAAGUUUUUAAUAAGGUAGGCUUUGUAGUAUAGAAACACACAUGRCCUAGCUAUAUUAAAGAAAAUAAACUGCUUUGGGAAAGUUCAAAUUUGCACACAUAAGAUACCAAAAUCAAAAUAUGCUGCACAAUUUCUAAAAGUUACUUCUAGUUUGGUCGAAGAAAGAACAGGCUUUAACCAGCAAAAAAUUAAAUUUUCUCUCUUUCUGGUAUUAUAAAAAGAUUGUUGAAAUGUCUCUUGUUUUUAUAUUCUUUACUUAUAUGUAAUUAUAUAGUGAUACCGUAAUGUAAAUCUGUAUUUAGAUUUUUAGCCUAAGACUGCCUCUCUUCCUGGGAAGCUAGUUCUUCAAAUAAACCAGAUUUUAGGCAGGUAAACCUU